AACAGUACCUCAAAAAUAACAAAACAAUAUCCACAAAAAAUAAUAAAACAUAAAAUAAAAACUUAAAACCUUUAUUCCUCAAUGGAACAGGAUGACCUUAAUCUAACCUCUUACUAUCACCACCACCACCACCAACAGCCACCACAACCACCCUCAACCAUCACCAAUGGCAUGCUACCAACCACCACUAAUGACCCCAGAUCAUCUCAACUGCUUUACCCGCAUAAUUCAGCUCCCUCGGCUGUCUCUUCGCCGUUAGAGACCACGGUCCGCAGGAAAAGAGGCAGACCAAGAAAGUAUGGUACACCCGAACAAGCGGCGGCUGCGAAAAGACUGUCAUCAUCUUCUCCGUCGACAUCUGUCCCGCCUUUAUCUCCGGCUAGUAAAAAGGAGUUGUGUUUGGGAGUUAGUGGGACUUCUGCUGCUUCAUUUAAAAAGUCUUCUGUUGGGAACAGUGGGCAAGGUUUCACACCUCAUAUUAUUUCUGUGGCUGCUGGAGAGGAUAUUGGCCAGAAAAUAGUGUCAUUUAUGCAACUAAGGAAGCAAGAGAUGUGUGUGCUGUCAGCAUCUGGUUCUAUCUCUAAUGCAUGUCUAAGCCAGCCAGUUUCAUCUGGGGGCAAUAUCACUUAUGAGGGCCGCUUUAACAUCCUAUCACUUUGUGGAUCGUAUGUACGUAAUGAUGUUGGUGGUAACACGGGUGGAUUAAGCGUCUGCUUGUCUAGUAACGAUGGCCAAAUCAUAGGAGGCGGCAUUCACGGGCCUCUGAUAGCUGCGGGCCCUGUCCAGGUAAUUGUUGGCACAUUUGCUAUUGAGGGUAAGAAAGAGAGUGCUGCAGUUAUAAAAGAGGAUGCUUCUACCAACAAGUUGCCAUCGCCGAAUGUGGGGCCAUCGGUUCCAAACCUGAGUUUCCUAUCGGGACCAGAUUCUUCCGCAAGAAACGUAGUCAGUGGCAACGAUCAGCAACAAAAUAUGGAUGGGUACCAAUUCAUGAUCCAGAAUCGGAAUUUGCCUGUUAGCGAUUGGAGGAAUAGCAAUGAGUCUAGGAACACUGCUGGUUUUGACUUUUCAGGAAGAGUGAACCAUGGUGCCCAGCAGUCACCAAAGAACGCGGAUUAUGACCGUUUUCAAGAUUGAACGAACCUUUGGAGUUUGGACCAUGGUUAGUGAAGUAUGAUUCGGGUUAAACCGGUUGGAUAUAAUAGCUUCUUCUGUGCAGGAUUUGGUGGGAAUUGAAGUUGUAACACAUUGCAUCAUCAAUGUACAGUUAACCCAAAAACAUACUUUUCUUCAAAGGUGUUAAUGUGUACUUUUAACAGUUAGCAACUGCUUUUCUUGAACUUGUUUUUGGAUUAACUAAUGUAUCUAGAAUCUUGCUUAAUUAAGUAUGCAAAUUUCAUUUGUUUCC